GCGGACAGCGCCGCCAGGAUGAACGGACUGAGCCCCGGCCCGGCCGGCAUCGCCAUGAAGGACCACGAUGCCAUCAAGCUGUUCGUGGGGCAGAUCCCCCGCAACCUGGAGGAGGGGGACCUCAAGCCCCUCUUCGAGGAGUUCGGCAAGAUCUACGAGCUCACGGUGCUGAAGGACAGGUUCACCGGCAUGCACAAAGGCUGUGCCUUCCUCACGUACUGUGCCCGGGACUCUGCUCUGAAAGCCCAGAGCGCACUGCAUGAGCAGAAGACGUUACCUGGGAUGAAUCGCCCCAUCCAGGUGAAGCCGGCGGACAGCGAGGGCCGAGGAGAAGACAGGAAGCUCUUCGUGGGGAUGCUGGGGAAGCAGCAGAGCGAAGAUGAUGUCAGGCGGCUGUUUGAACCCUUUGGCCAGAUCGAAGAGUGCACCAUCCUCAGAGGACCCGACGGAGCCAGCAAAGGAUGUGCCUUUGUAAAAUAUGGGAGCCAUGGGGAGGCCCAGGCAGCCAUCAACAGUCUGCAUGGCAGCCAGACCAUGCCGGGAGCCUCCUCCAGCCUGGUGGUGAAGUUUGCAGACACAGACAAGGAAAGGACUUUAAGGCGGAUGCAUCAGAUGGCAGGACAACUGGGCAUCUUCAACCCGAUGACCAUCCAGUUUGGAGCCUAUGGGGCAUAUACGCAAGCGAUAAUGCAGCAGCAGGCAGCCCUGAUGGCUGCAGCACAAGGGACCUGCCUGAACCCCAUGGCAGCCAUCGCCGCAGCCCAAAUGCAGCAGAUGGCAGCCUUUAACGUCAGCGGACUAGUUGCUGCUCCUAUGACCCCCUCAUCAGGUACAAGCACACCUCCAGGGAUCAGCACAGCGCCCGUCCCCAGCAUAGCCACGCCCAUUGGGGUGAAUGGGUUCAGCCCCCUCCCACCACAAACCAAUGGGCAGCCAGCAUCUGAGACCAUUUACACCAAUGGAAUCCAUCCAUACCCAGCAGCAUACCCAGCAGCCUAUGCACCUAUCAGCCAGGCCUUUCCCCAGCAAGCGCCCAUCAUUCCACAGCAGCAGAGAGAAGGUCCCGAAGGAUGUAACCUGUUUAUUUAUCACCUGCCCCAGGAGUUCGGAGAUGCGGAGCUCAUGCAGAUGUUUUUGCCUUUUGGCAAUGUCAUCUCUGCCAAAGUCUUUGUUGAUCGUGCCACAAACCAAAGUAAAUGCUUUGGUUUCGUCAGUUUUGACAAUCCAACUAGUGCUCAGGCAGCCAUUCAGGCCAUGAACGGCUUCCAGAUCGGCAUGAAGAGGCUAAAGGUCCAACUAAAGCGGCCAAAAGAUGCCAACAGACCCUACUGACCCCUGCUCACCCUGGCCCUGCAAACAGGUUGGAUGCCCUGCAGCGUAUGAAGAGUAUUCUCCUUUUUCCCAAGUGCAGUAUCCAAACUUGUAACUCUCUUUCUUUGCAACAUAUCAUGGAGGAGGCGGAAGCAAAGGAGGAGAAGAAAUGCUGGCGAAAAAGAGAGCCAUUGUGGUUGUAUCUUCUUUUUAUUUUUUAAUUUUCGAAUCAGUUUUGUUUGUUUCUUAACAAGAAAGAAAAAGACAGUGAUGUUGGAGAAAAGACAAACAGGCGCAGAUAUUUGCUGAAUCAGACUAUGAAACGGUGGCUGCUGAAGAAGACUUUGAAUUCCUCGCAAGGAGAGAGGUGGGAUUCUUGGAAGGAAAACAAACCAAUCUAGGAUUGAGAGCUAGGACAGCUCAUUCGUGAGGAUGAACCUACCUUUUUAAAGCACUCAUUUGCUGCUACAAGUUUCAAAGGAGGAACUAGGAAAGAGGAUCCAAAUGGAUAUAAACCAAAGCCAGUGGGAUUGGACCAGGCGUGUAUGUUUCACCUGGAUAACAUUUUGUUUUAAAAGGGAAAGAGAAAUUGAUUUUUUCCAUAUCUGGCUGGAAAAAAAGAAAUCAAAGGCUAAGCGCAUGUUGGACUUAUA